AACAUCCAUCAAAUCAAAUCAUCAGUUUCUUACCCUGGAGUUAUGGAUUACAACUACACAAAUCAGUAUCUUAAAAUUGUGAAUCAACUCAUCCGUGACUACAAAAUACCUACCAAUAUUACAGAUUCAUUGUUUAAGUACCGAUAUUUUAUAUCCCAGUCAGAACUCGAAAAGCAGUUAAGCGCACCUAUGAAGUGGAUUGGGAUGUACAUCGCAUUGGCAUCUCUGGUUUGCAUCCUUGCCAUGGUGGCUGAUUUAUUACAUGGUUUCCGUAGCAGAAAGCUAUGGUUUCCGUGUAGAUAUUUUCGAAUUAAUGCUGCUUUUCUCACUGUAAUAUCUGUCGCAAUGAAGUUACCUCUAGAUUUAGCUGGUUCGAUGAUGGGUCAUGUGGACCGUUUGGCAAAGCUCGGAAGCAUGGCCUUUAUGUGCACCAUGAUGGCUAAUUUAUUGCCUUGUUUAGCAACCAUGAACAAUAAUGAGCUUUUAUCAAACAUCACAGCUUUGUGUCUUCUUGUCGUCACCUUGGUUGUAAAUGUUUGCAUCCAAAUACCAACUGGGGUUUUAUCCGCAUCUUUCGGUUACAAUCAUAAGCAUAUCCGUGAUGGCAUUUAUACACGGCAUGAUGCCUACAUAUACACAACACCCAUGAUCGGUAUAUUAGCCUCCAUUUAUGUAAUUUGCUUAGCUGUGUUGUUAAUAUUACAUGUAUGUUCAUCUCUAGCGAUUCUAAGAUCCAAAAGGAUUAUAGAAUCCAAAUACCAACAAGGUCAUGAUAUAGCUUCAAAAGAUAUUCAACCAUCACCAGGAGAAUUGUUAACAAUUGAGAAGCUACAUAAGCAUGUGAGCAACCACUGGAUCAUGGCAGGAAGUGGCAGCCCCCAAUUCAUAACAGCUUGCUUUCACACCACAUCUGCUUCUGGGGUAAUAUGUCUUUUAGUCAUAAUCUUACACACUUAUACUAUGCCCAGAACUAUUGAAGCUAUAUUGGAUAAGGAUUAUGAUUCAGAUUAUGAUUCGUCCAUGAUAGUAAUUGCCAUAGUACAGUCUAUCGGGCUUGUGAUUGGUACAGUUGCACCACUUUCUAGAUGGUUUGCGACCUUAAGCUUUAAGGUGUCCUCCAAAAUCAUUGCAAACCAUUUUAAUGUCUUUAAGGUAGAACGCUACUGGACUCAGAAGUUAUACGAUUGGAAGCAUGCUAGAAUAAAUCUCCCAUUUCGUAGCCGCAACCUCGAGGUGGUGAUUGAGACUUUGAAAAGGCUAAUUUCCAACAUUUGUAUUGGAUUGCAGAAUGGAGUUGUUGUGAUAUGCAAGGUAAUAGCGUUGAUCCCAUUUUUGUCUAUGAUAUGUUUCUUGUAUUGUUUCCGUUGUAUGAAGUGGUUAUUAAAGAAAGUGUUUCCUCUAUUGGGAAACACAUUUGAGAAGUUGGAAGGAAACAAUGAUCUUCGCCCUUAUGUUUUGCAACUUGAAGAUGAGAUAGAGCUUGGUGAGAGAACAUUGAAGGGCCUUUUAAAAUCUGUGAAGCGAAUGAUCAAAAGGGGUGCAACAGGCCAACCUAAAAAUCUUAUCAAGCUAAUUCUUGGAAAGUCUACUAGUAGUUUUGAAGGGGUUAAAAAGUUUGACCACAUUGAUGAUCAUGAUGUUCCGUGUGUAAACUGUUGGAGGUUACCUGUGGUAAACCUAACAAGCAUCGCCGUUUCCCUUCCUAAAAUCCAAAAGGAGGAAGUUGAUAGCUUGUUGGAAAGUGUUAGUGAAGGUCUAGAAUAUGUCACAGUGGUGGAAAAAUGCCUCAAUGCUACGGAUGAUCAUGUAAGUUUUCAAAAUGCGGCUGAAACUUUGUGGCGAGAAAUUGCAUUACACAAAAAAUGGAUAGGAAACGACUUGCGUGAACCAGAUUUUCGAGAAAAUACAGCUAAACAAAUUGUUGAAUGGUUCAGGGAUAAAGCUAAGAAUAUAGCUUGUUCAGAGGCUAGAAAUAAUGAUAAUACAGGAGGCGAGAAUGAUGAUUUGAUACGCAGGUGUAUUGGUGCCAACUCAAUGUAUCGUAUAACCGAAACAAUCCUACGUAACUGCCACACCAACAUUGAUGCCACGGUUAGCCAGAACGAACUAUUCGGCAGCUUAUCAUCAAUGAUCGCUGAUAUAAUUGCCGCUUGUCUCACCAACUUACCACAAGCCAUAAUAAUGAAAUGUCACACUAGUGUGAUAGAGGAAAGGGAAGCCAGUGUCUAUGAUGCAGCCCAGCUUCUAGGCGAGACUACACAAAUAAUCGAAACGCUUCGAGGUCGCGAUAUUCCAAACAUGGAUCCAAGUGACCUGCCAUUUAUCGAAAAAUGGCGUGCUUUUUUAGGGGAUCCCUGAUUCCUUAAAAUUCAUAUUUGUUCUUCAGGUAAUAAAGUGUGAAGCUAGUAAGAUUUUCAUGGGCAAUCACCUUUACUACUCAAAGUAAUCCAGGAUGGUCGAAUAGGUGGCUUCUAGAAGUUGAUUUGCACAAUUAGCAUCCAGAAAGCAUGUUGGUCAAGUCCUUGCUUCUCAUAAAUUGUACUCUAUCCUAGUUUACUAGCUUGUAAACUGUAUGUUGUUGUAUCAAUAGUUUUGUUUUUGGUGUGA